AUGCACAUUUGGCAAGUUCUACUGCCGUGCUUAGCUAAGGCACCAUUGAAGCUAGACGCGACCACUUUCAUCAGUUGGUACUACGGAAUAACCAGUCAUGACAACGUGGUUCGUUUGAAUAUGAUACCUUGGUCUUGCCCGCUUCUUCUUGCAAAGGGCAUGGCUCCUACCGAGUGGUCGUGGGAGCGGCGCCUCAUGAACCAACAAACUGAGAGAGCUAGUCAAUAUUCCAUGCCGUGGAGCUUGCCUGCUGCCCUAACCGUAGAUUAUUUCAGGUUCAAAGUCAGAACAUGGCUCGCAUACUCGCCCAAAUACGUGCUGGAGUGCUCAUCUACACACUCCGACGCAGCCGCACGGGUGUUAGGAUGUAGUCUCCUCAGACUGGUGAUUUUACAUAUUGAGGAUGAAUUGCUGAGCAGUAACCGCGUUAGGUUUGGUCACUGGGCAAUCGCUCUUCCAGACAGCCAGAUCUACUGUGGGGCUACAAUUAUAGGAAUCAAGCUAUAUUCAAACUCGGUCCUCGCAGCACUGAAUUCUCGACAAUCCCUAUCGGCUCAGUAUCAACAUGCAUACAUUGAUACCACGGCGUUCGGAGCAAGCUUCAUGCCCGACGUUUCGAGUGACAUGGAGCUUUCAGCAACUUCGAGAGCGAGACAGCCCAGCUCUAGGAUUGGCAAGACAACCCCCAAGGGCUCGAGAGACAACGCAAUCCAGAUCAAGGUUUUGCGAACCCAGGAGUUCGUUCAUGAUCCGCGAGAAAACUUAGAAUGA